GACUACUACUACAAAUGAAGGUCAUUAUGAUCCCUAUGUGCCUAAGUCUGGCGGGCAACCAGCAAAAACGGCACAAAUUCAAAAACAAAUUGAUGACACCGUAGGUGUCAUGCGAGAAAAUAUUAACCGUGUUGCAGAGAGAGGCGAAAGGUUGGAUGCCCUGCAAGAUAAGACUGGUUAG